UAGAAAUCCCGAAUUAGAAUUAGUCAUAAUGUCAUUUCGAGCAUUAAAAGUAACAUUUGGAUGUUUGCUGAAAUUACCACGUACACUACAGUCCCUGCAAUUGAAAUCUGCUAAACUUCCACGUUUCAAUUAUUCUGUAUUGGAUUCAACUUUUAUUCGACAGCGUGUGAAAAAUGUCUCCGAAAGGGUGGUUCCAUCAAGGAAAGGCACUUGCAAAUUUCUUGGAACUGUGGCAAUAACAAGAGCCUUUUUGGGUUUGUUUGGCUCAAGAGAAGAAAAGGAUCCAGUCAAAGAGCAGAUCAGAUUAGGACAUAUUGCUGUUGCCCGGGAAGAUUAUCAGGAGGCAGAUAAUGCCUAUCACUUGGCACUACAUGCAGCACAGCAACAAUUCCAGGAGAGGAAGAUUGACAAACGACAGCUGACAUUGAUCAGAAUAUACGUGUUUGAUGCAUUAGGAAAUAUUGCUCUAAAGAAUGGAGACCUAGAGAAAGCCGAGAAGCUAUAUAAAGAGACACUAAAGGUAGCGAUAAACAACGAGUUUUUUAAACAGACUGACAAUGGAGUAGUGGAGAUAAGUAUGCGAUUGGCAGCUAUUUAUGCCAUGAUGGGAAAAGAUGAAGAAACCCAUUCAGGGUACCAAUUCUGUAUCAAAACUCAGGAGGAUAAAAUUAAAGAAAACCCAGAGGAAAGUCCUAGUACAUAUGGCUUGCUAGGAAUGUGCUUGGAAAGCUAUGCCAAAUAUCUACUGAAAUCAAAACAGUAUGAAAAAGCCUUAGAAUAUCUCCAACGAUCAGAGGAGAUUGUUGUUACCUAUCUAGGAAAUGAACAUCCACAGAGGAUUGUGGCUUUGAAUGACAUUGCAUCACUGUACAUUAUGAAGAAUGACUUAGCAAAAGCAGAGGAAAUAUUGAAAAAAGCUCUGGCUAUUGGACAUGCUAGUAAGGACAGCACUCUGCCUGUUUUGUAUUGCAACCUUGGAGCUUUAUAUCUAAGACAGUCUAAAAUAGACAAAGCUUUAGAGAACUGUAAAAUGGGUGAAAAACUUGGAGAAGAGAUGCAUAAUCCUGAAGCUAUUAGAAAGGCUAAGUUUUGCAUUGGCAAAUGUACUCAAAAAUAAAUUUGUAUGUAUAAAUUAAUUUCUAAUUCAGGAGUUUCAAUAAUAAAUAAACAUUAUAGUUUAUUCA